GACCCUACCGGGGCCCGUGACUCGCCCGCGGCCUCAGCAGCGUUGGCGACACCCCCGGGGACACUUUGGGGACAAUUUGGGGAGUCACGAGCCCGCUGGAGCCACGUUGCCAUGGAAACAACCCCAACGCCGCGGCCGCCAUACUUGACAUCUUGGCACCGCCGCCAUCUUAACUUUGGGCAUAACUUCCGCCCUCUCCGCCAAUCACAACCUCCCGUUCUCCCCACGUGACCCCCGGUACGGCCGAACCCGGAAGUGCCGCCGCCGCCAUGGAUCCCGCCGCUCCCCCCCCAAAACGCCGCGGGCCCGCCCGCUUGGCCGAUCCGCGGCCUCUGUUCGAGGACACGAGCGCUACCGGGGCCUCACCGGGCCGCGGCUUCGGGGCUCCGCCGCCGCCGCCUUCGGCCUCGGCCGCCGCCGCCUCCUCCUCCUCGGCCGCGUUCGGGGCGCCCGCGGCGUUCCUGAGCGAGCCCGUGAGCUCCCUGGCCGCGGCCUACGGGAGCAGCCUCGCCUCGCACGUGGAGGGCAACCUGUGCCGCUGGCUGCCCGUGGGCCGCCUCAAGUAUUACUUCGCCGUGGAUUCUGUUUACGUGGGGCGGAAACUGCGGCUGCUGCUCUUCCCCUUCCGCCACCCGGACUGGCAGGUUCGGUACCAGCAGGACACGCCGGUGGCGCCGCGCUUCGAUGUCAACGCCCCCGACCUCUACAUCCCGGCCAUGGCCUUCCUCACCUACAUCCUCCUGGCCGGCCUCGCUUUGGGCACCCAAAACAGGUUUUCCCCGGACAGCCUGGGGCUGGUGGCCAGCUCGGCGCUGGCCUGGCUGCUGCUGGAGGUUCUGAGCGUCCUCCUGAGCCUCUACCUGGUCACCGUCAGCACCGACCUCACCCCCAUCGACCUCCUGGCCUUCGCCGGCUACAAAUACGUGGGGAUGAUCGUGGGGCUGCUGGCCGGGCUCCUCCUGGGCCGGGCCGGGUACUACGCGGCCCUGAGCUGGUGCUGCCUCAGCAGCUUCAUCUUCACCAUCCGCACGCUGAGGCUGAAGCUGCUCUGGGAUGCCUCAGCCGAGGGCGUUUUGGGGCCGAUUUUGAACGUUUCAAAUGGGAUUUUUGUGGGAUUUUGGGUGUUUUUAGUACCUGAGGGGUUGAUCCUGAGGUUCCCGAUCCCGAAUUUUCCCGGAAUUCCGCAGAUCCGGACGCUGAGGCUGAAGCUGCUGUCGGAGGCGGCGGCCGAGGGCGUUCUGGGGCCGAUUUUGGGUGUCUUUAAUGCGAUUUUUAUGGGAUUUUUUGGGGAUUUUGGUACCUGAGGGGUCGAUCCCGAGGUUCCCGAUCCCGAAUUU